AUGGAGUCCCUCGAUUCGACCGGCAGCAAGGUUCUGAGCGUCGGGCUUUUGCUAGCCGCCACUCUAUUGGCGGCGAAGCUGAUCUCCGCCCUGAUAAUGCCCAGAUCCAGGCGGCGCCUGCCGCCUGUGGUUCGCGCGUGGCCGGUUCUCGGCGGUCUAAUCCGGUUCAUGAACGGGCCGGUGGUGAUGCUCCGCGAGGAGUACCCUAAGCUCGGGAGCGUGUUCACCCUGAAGCUGCUGAACAAGAGCAUCACGUUCCUGAUCGGGCCGGAGGUCUCGGCCCAUUUCUUCAAGGCGCCUGAGUCCGAUCUCAGCCAGCAGGAGGUUUACCAGUUUAAUGUACCGACGUUCGGGCCCGGCGUGGUGUUCGAUGUCGAUUAUACUAUUAGGCAGGAGCAGUUCAGAUUUUUCACGGAGGCGCUUAGGGUUAACAAGCUCAAAAGCUACGUUGAUCAAAUGGUUAUGGAGGCUGAGGAAUAUUUUUCGAAAUGGGGAGACAGUGGCGAAAUCGACCUAAAGUACGAGUUAGAACAUCUAAUUAUUCUGACCGCCAGUCGGUGUCUGUUAGGCGAGGAGGUCCGCAACAAACUCUUUGAUGAUGUUUCUGCCCUUUUCCACGACCUCGAUAGUGGGAUGCUCCCGAUUAGCGUCAUCUUCCCUUACCUCCCGAUUCCAGCCCACAAACGUCGGGACAAAGCCCGCAAGAAGUUAGCCGAAAUUUUCGCAAACAUAAUAGCUUCACGUAAAAAAACGGGCACUUCUCAGAACGAUUUAUUACAGUGCUUCAUAGAUUCCAAGUACAAGGAUGGUCGGCCGACGACCGAGUCUGAGGUGACCGGACUUUUGAUUGCUGCCCUAUUUGCCGGGCAGCACACGAGCUCGAUUACCUCGACUUGGACCGGUGCUUAUCUGCUUUGCAACCGUAAGUACCUGUCGGCCGUUUUGGAUGAGCAAAAGAACUUGGUGAAUAAGCAUGGGAAUGAGGUCAAUUAUGACGUUUUGUCCGAAAUGGAAGUUCUCUACCGGUGCAUAAAAGAGUCUCUGAGGCUACACCCACCGUUGAUUAUGCUUUUACGAAGCUCGCACAGCGAUUUCAGUGUCACGACUAAGGAAGGAAAAGAGUACGAUAUUCCAAAGGGGCAUAUUGUUGCCACAUCACCAGCUUUUGCAAACCGGCUGCCGAAUAUAUACAAGGAUCCGGAUACUUAUGACCCGGAUAGGUUCGGGCCAGGUCGGGAUGAGGACAAGGCCGCGGGAGCAUUUUCAUACAUCUCGUUCGGUGGGGGAAGGCACGGCUGCUUGGGCGAGCCGUUUGCUUAUUUGCAGAUAAAGGCGAUAUGGAGCCAUCUGCUUAGGAAUUUCGAGAUGGAGCUCGUCUCGCCUUUCCCGGAGAUUGACUGGAAUGCUAUGGUUGUUGGGGUGAAGGGGAAAGUGAUGGUUAGGUACAAACGCAGGCCCAGCCCGGUUAACUGA